AUGGCUCGUUCAUCAUCUGAAGUUGAAUAUCGUGCUUUAACAAAUCUAACUGCUGAGCUUCAAUGGUUAGUUUAUCUCUUCAAAGACAUGCACAGUUCUUGUCCUCUUCCUAUCACUGUUUCUUGUGAUAGUCAAGCAGCAAUUCAUAUUUCUCAAAAUACGAAACUCAAGAAAUCUUUUUCAGAAACAAUGGAUCCAAUAACUUUCUUUUACACAAUUUCCUUCUUUCUACUCCUCUCCGUUUCAUCAUCCAAUAUAUUUGCUGAAUCAGGAGUUGUUGGUGUGAACUAUGGAAGGCUAGGUAACAACCUACCAUCCCCGGCCGCAGUCAUAUCCCUCUUAAAAUCGAGGAAAAUAAAUCAUAUUCGUUUAUUUAGUCCAGAUAAGGAUGUCCUAAAUUCCCUGAGAGGGUCGGGAGUCAAGGUCGUACUGGGUGUCCGGAACCAAGAUAUACGAAGGAUAGGAAAUGAUCCUGCUUAUGCUCGAACCUGGAUUAAAACCAACAUAGUCGCAUUCAAGAACGUUCAAUUUCGAUAUAUUUCAGUUGGAAAUGAAGUUGAUAUUCCAAGAAGUCCUGCAUCGGCUCACAUUCUUCCCGCUAUGCAAAAUCUUAAUUCAGCACUUAAAGCUAUAGGGAUAAAAUUUCCAGAGUCCUCUACUUGUAAAUGUAUAUCCUUUGCCUACAAUGAAAACCGACAAACAAUUAAACUGGAUUAUGCUCUUUUCACAGCGAAUAGAGUUGUUGUUACAGAUGGUAGUAAGAACUACAGAAAUAUGUUUGAUGCCAUAACUGACGCAACAUAUUUAGCGAUCGAGAAGGUUGGUGGACCUAAUGUCCGUAUUGUCAUUACCGAGAGUGGAUGGUCGUCACCUGGAAAUGGUAAUAUUGCAACAAUUCGGAUUGCUAGAACAUAUAUCAACAAUAUGAUUUCACACGUUUCUGGGACAUCAGGGACUCCGAAGAGGCCAGGGAAGAGCAUAGAGACCUAUGUUUUUGCCCUUUUUAACGAGAAUGUGAUGACUGGAGACAGGACAGAAAAACAUUUUGGCUUGUACUACCCUGAUAUGAGACAAGUCUAUCCUGUUACUUUCCGUUAA